GUAAUUAAAGGUAACAGCACUUUUGAGUAUUGUGACUGUUCGACUCGAACGUGAUUGACCUUUAUGUCCCCGCAAAAAGUGCCAGUGCGAAAAGUUCUUAAGUGUGGUGUUUAACUUAAGCGAUGUUUGGAUUAUCUUAAGUGAUUUUUUUUUACUUUAUUCCGGGUCUUCCAUGAUUUUGCUUCCGUAAUGGUGAUUGUCACGCGGGGAGAUUAUAUAUGGAUCGAACCCGUUGGCGGUGGGGAGUUCGACGUGGCGAUUGGAGGCCGCGUCGUGUCCGCGGAAGGUAGGCGGAUCCUCGUGCGCGAUGAUGACGGCAACGAGUACUGGUUGCCGCCUGACCGGCGCAUCAAGGCAAUGCACGCUACGUCUGCGCACGGCGUCGAAGACAUGAUCAGUCUUGGGGAUUUGCACGAGGCCGGCAUCCUUCGGAAUUUGCUCAUCCGAUAUAGCGAAAAUUUAAUAUACACGUAUACAGGCUCAAUACUUGUAGCAGUCAAUCCUUAUCAAAUUCUUCCUAUUUACACUGCCGAGCAAAUUAAAUUAUACAAAGAGCGAAAGAUUGGAGAAUUGCCACCACAUAUUUUUGCCAUAGGGGACAAUUCGUACGGCAACAUGCGCAGGUACGGGCAAGAUCAAUGCAUAGUAAUUUCGGGAGAAUCUGGAGCCGGAAAAACGGAAAGUACAAAAUUAAUUCUGCAGUAUUUAGCGGCCAUCAGCGGCAAACACUCAUGGAUAGAGCAGCAAAUAUUGGAAGCCAAUCCCAUCCUCGAAGCGUUUGGUAACGCGAAAACUGUAAGAAACGACAACAGUUCGAGGUUUGGCAAAUACAUCGACAUACAUUUCAGUGCCAACGGGGUAAUCGAAGGGGCCAAAAUCGAGCAAUACUUGCUGGAAAAAAGUAGAAUAGUUUCGCAAAAUCCGGACGAAAGGAACUAUCACAUCUUCUAUUGCCUGUUGGCGGGCUUGGGGAAGGAAGAAAAAAGAAAACUGCACUUGGAAUCUGCUAGUCAAUAUCGAUAUCUCACGGGGGGAAAUUGCAUAACGUGCGAAGGACGAGAAGAUGCGGCCGAAUUCGCUGAUAUCAGAAGUGCGAUGAAGGUGCUGCUGUUCUCGGACCACGAGAUAUGGGAGAUAAUGAAACUAUUGGCUGCUUUGUUGCAUAUCGGCAAUAUCAAAUACAAAGCGACUGUGGUGGAUAAUUUGGAUGCGACCGAAAUUCCAGACCCGACAAAUGUUCAGAGGGUGGCAAACCUGCUAGGGGUUCAGGUACAACACUUAAUAGACGCCUUAACGAGAAAAACUUUAUUUGCUCACGGGGAAACAGUAGUCUCCACUCUAUCACGGGAUCAAAGUGUAGACAUUAGGGACGCCUUCGUGAAAGGCAUUUACGGAAGACUGUUCGUUUUUAUAGUUAAAAAAAUCAAUUCGGCAAUUUACCGUCCCAAAGAACGCCAACGCAGCUCCAUAGGCGUGUUGGAUAUAUUCGGUUUUGAAAACUUCGACAAUAACAGUUUCGAGCAGUUUUGCAUCAACUACGCCAAUGAAAAUUUGCAGCAGUUUUUCGUACGGCACAUCUUCAAGCUGGAACAGGAAGAGUACAACCUGGAGGGUAUCAACUGGCAACACAUAGAGUUCGUCGAUAAUCAAGACGCUCUGGAUUUAAUCGCUAUAAAGCAACUGAACAUAAUGGCAUUGAUCGACGAGGAAAGUAAGUUUCCGAAAGGGACGGAUCAGACGAUGUUGGCGAAACUUCACAAGCAACAUGGAGCCCAUAGGAAUUAUCUAAAACCGAAAUCGGAUAUUAAUACUAGUUUCGGAUUGAAUCAUUUUGCGGGCAUCGUAAUUUACGAUACCAGGAACUUCUUGGAAAAGAAUCGUGACACGUUUAGCGCAGAUUUGCUACAGUUGGUGACCGUUAGCAACAACAAAUUCCUCCAACAACUAUUCGCUGACGAUAUCGGAAUGGGUUCGGAAACUAGAAAGAAAACACCGACUCUGUCCUCUCAGUUCAAGAGGUCUUUGGAUUCUUUAAUGAGAACGUUAUCGAACUGUCAACCGUUUUUUAUUCGAUGUAUCAAGCCGAACGAAUAUAAGAAGCCGAUGUUGUUCGAUCGGACGUUGUGUUGUCGUCAGCUUAGGUAUUCCGGUAUGAUGGAAACCAUACGAAUUCGUAGAGCAGGAUAUCCGAUCAGGCACACCUUCGGCGAAUUCGUCGAAAGGUACAGGUUCCUGAUAUCAGGCGUACCACCGUCUCAUAAGACUGACUGCAAGGCGGCAACUUCGCGAAUAUGUUCGAUGGUUUUGGGAAGAUCUGACUACCAAUUAGGGCAUACCAAAAUAUUUUUAAAAGACGCUCAUGAUCUGUACCUCGAACAAGAACGCGACAGGGUCAUAACGAAAAAGAUCUUGAUAUUGCAGAAGACUAUUAAGGGCUGGGUAUAUAGGAGACGAUUCUUAAGAUUAAAAGCAGCUACUGUCACAAUACAAAAGUACUGGAAAGGUUACGCACAAAGAAAACGCUACAAACUAAUGAGAGUUGGCUAUAUGAGGCUCCAGGCUUUGAUAAGAGCCAGGGUGCUAUCGCACCGUUUCCAGCAUUUAAGAGGUCACAUUGUAGGCUUACAGGCUCACUCUAGGGGAUAUUUAGUCCGCAGAGAAUACGGCCAUAAAAUGUGGGCCAUCAUUAAGAUACAGUCACAUGUCAGAAGAAUGAUCGCACAGAGAAAGUAUAAGAAACUCAAAUUCGAACACAAAAAGCACUCGGAAGCGUUGAAAUUGAAGAAAAAGGAGGAGAAAGAACUCAAGGACGCCGGAAAUAAGCGAGCGAAGGAAAUCGCAGAACAAAACUACAGAGAACGCAUGUACGAACUGGAAAGAAAAGAAAUAGAAUUGGAAAUAGAAGAACGCAGACGGAUGGAGAUGAAGAAGAACAUAAUUAAUGACGCUGCGAGAAAGGCGGAUGAACCCGUAGAUGAUUCGAAACUAGUUGAAGCCAUGUUUGAUUUUCUACCCGAUAGUUCGAGCGAAACGCCCGGAACCGGUAAUGUUUUACGAAACUUUAACAAUAACGUUCAUCACUGCUCUAUUCUAGGACGCGAAACAUCGGUGUUUAACGAUUUGCCAUCGCAACCCAACGAAAACGAAAUUAUUAGUCCCAUGCAAACGAUGUCUGACGACGAAGAAGAUCUGAGCGAGUUUAAGUUUCAAAAAUUCGCCGCCACGUAUUUUCAAGGAAACGUCGGCCACCAAUACUCCAAAAAACCGCUCAAGCAUUCGUUGUUACCCUUGCACACUCAGGGAGAUCAGCUCGCUGCUCAGGCGCUAUGGGUUACAAUCCUCAGAUUUACUGGCGAUUUACCUGAGCCCAGAUAUCACAUUAUGGAUAGAGAUAACACAUCUGUGAUGUCCAAAGUGACAGCCACUCUGGGUAGGAAUUUCAUCCGAAGCAAAGAGUUCCAAGAAGCGCAGCUAAUGAAUUUGGAAUCUGAGUCGUUCCUCAAGCAAAAACCGAGGUCGAUUCGGAACAAGCUCGUUUCAUUGACACUUAAGCGAAAGAAUAAGCUGGGCGAAGAUGUUAGACGAAAACUGCAGGACGAGGAGUACACUGCUGAUAGUUAUCAUUCGUGGUUGGAAUCUAGACCCACGAGCAACCUCGAAAAAUUGCAUUUUAUUAUAGGACACGGAAUUUUGAGGGCAGAGCUAAGGGACGAGAUCUAUUGUCAGAUUUGCAAGCAGUUAACCAACAAUCCGUCAAAAUCGUCGCAUGCAAGAGGAUGGAUCCUUUUAUCAUUAUGCGUCGGUUGCUUCGCACCAUCGGAGAAAUUCGUCAACUAUUUGCGCGCAUUUAUCCGUCAAGGUCCACCGGGUUACGCCCCUUACUGCGAGGAAAGGCUGAAACGCACUUUCAAUAACGGCACGCGAAAUCAACCGCCGAGCUGGUUAGAGCUUCAAGCGACCAAGUCCAAAAAGCCGAUAAUGUUACCCAUCACGUUUAUGGAUGGUAACACCAAGACCCUUUUAGCCGAUUCUGCUACUACCGCGCGAGAACUAUGCAAUCAAUUGUCGGAUAAAAUAGGAUUAAAGGAUCAGUUCGGCUUUUCCUUGUAUAUCGCUCUGUUUGACAAGGUGUCUUCGCUGGGAAGCGGUGGGGAUCACGUGAUGGACGCUAUCUCGCAGUGUGAGCAGUACGCGAAAGAGCAGGGCGCGCAGGAGAGGAACGCACCCUGGCGGCUAUUCUUCAGGAAGGAGAUUUUCACUCCGUGGCACGAACCUACGGAAGAUCAAGUGGCCACCAAUUUGAUAUACCAGCAAGUGGUGAGGGGAGUGAAAUUUGGUGAAUACAGAUGCGACAAGGAGGAAGAUCUCGCAAUGAUUGCCGCCCAGCAGUACUACAUCGAUUACGAUACCGACAUGAACGUCGAGAGACUGGUCACGUUACUGCCGAACUAUAUUCCGGAUUACUGUCUCACGGGCGUCGAAAAAGCAGUGGAUCGAUGGGGCGCUCUGGUCGUACAAGCCUAUAAAAAAAGUUACUACGUAAAAGAAAAAGUGCCAGCGUUACGCGUGAAAGAGGAUGUCGUAAGUUACGCCAAGUUCAAAUGGCCGUUGCUGUUUUCGAGGUUCUACGAAGCGUACAGAAACUCGGGUCCGGAUUUGCCAAAGAACGACGUGAUCAUCGCGGUAAACUGGACCGGCGUUUACGUUGUAGACGAUCAAGAGCAGGUCCUGUUGGAGUUGUCGUUUCCCCAAAUUACAACCGUGUCUAGCCAUAAAACCAACAAGGUCUUCACUCAAACGUUUAGCUUAAACACUGUGAGGGGAGAAGAGUUUACUUUCCAAAGUCCCAACGCUGAAGAUAUCAGAGAUCUGGUCGUCUACUUCUUAGAGGGUCUAAAGAAAAGAUCGAAAUACGUAAUCGCGCUUCAGGACUACAAAGCGCCCGGUGAAGGGUCGAGCUUUUUGACUUUUCAAAAGGGCGAUCUGAUAGUUUUAGAAGAAGAUAGCACGGGCGAAACAGUUUUAAACUCUGGAUGGUGUGUGGGAAGAUGCGAACGUACUGGCGAAAAAGGUGAUUUUCCAGCGGAAACCGUAUACGUGCUGUCUUGCAUGAGUAAACCGCCUCCAGAAAUCCUUGAGCUGUUUUCUGUCGAAGAAGUAGAGAACGGUCGGCGAUUGAGUCACCAUUCGAUGAAUGGUACCGCUCCGAGAGACAAACCUCAUACAUUAGCCGAAUACGCUAUGGAUCACUUUAGACCUCCUAUAAAACGGACCAUGUCCAAAUCAUUGACAUUGAGCGGCGGUCGUAGAGGAUUUGAUGAACUGUGGAGACACUCGAGAGAACCUAUCAAACAACCCUUAUUAAAGAAACUAGUAACGAAGGAAGAGUUGGCGGAGGAAGCAUGUUUCGCGUACACAGCCAUAUUAAAAUACAUGGGAGACUUGCCUUCCAAGCGUCCCAGACUGGGCAACGAAUAUACCGACCAUAUAUUCGACGGGCCGUUGAAACACGAAAUACUGCGCGACGAAAUUUAUUGCCAGAUCAUGAAACAGCUCACCGAUAAUAGGAACCGGAUGUCUGAGGAACGAGGUUGGGAAUUGAUGUGGCUCGCCACAGGAUUAUUCACGUGUUCUCAAAGUCUUCUCAAGGAACUGACCGCAUUCCUCAGGAGCCGACGCCAUCCAAUAUCACAAGAUUCAUUGCAACGACUUCAAAGGACUCUUCGAAAUGGACAGAGAAAAUAUCCCCCACAUCAGGUGGAGGUGGAAGCGAUACAACAUAAAACGACUCAAAUUUUCCAUAAAGUCUAUUUUCCGGACGAUACCGAUGAAGCUUUUGAGGUCGAUUCCAGUACCAGAGCAAAAGACUUUUGCAGGAACAUUAGUCAGAGGUUAAGCCUUCGAUCCAGCGAGGGUUUUAGCUUGUUUGUUAAGAUUGCCGACAAGGUGAUCUCUGUGCCGGAAGGCGAUUUCUUUUUCGAUUUCGUGCGGCACUUGACUGAUUGGAUUAGGAAAGCGAGACCUACAAGAGACGGUAUAACGCCCCAAUUUUCUUACCAAGUUUUCUUCAUGAAAAAAUUGUGGACCAACACCGUCCCGGGCAAAGAUCGCAACGCAGACUUAAUUUUCCACUUUCAUCAGGAACUACCGAAACUGAUCAGAGGAUAUCACAAGUGUAGCAAAGAGGAGGCCAUUAAGUUGGCUGCCUUGGUGUAUAGGGUCAGAUUCGGCGAGAGUAAGCAAGAACUUCAAGAUAUACCUGAAAUGUUACGCGAAUUGGUUCCGGUCGAUUUGACGAAAAUGCAGUCGGUCAACGAGUGGAAGAGGUCCAUAGUGGCCGCGUACAAUCAAGAUGCGGGCAUGAAUCCCGACGACGCCAAAAUUGCAUUCCUGAAAAUUGUAUACAGGUGGCCGACUUUUGGAUCGGCUUUCUUCGAGGUGAAACAGACUACCGAUCCGAACUACCCGCAGAUGCUUCUCAUUGCGAUUAACAAACACGGGGUGUGCCUCAUUCAUCCUCGAACGAAGGACAUAUUGGUGACGCAUCCGUUCACACGAAUCUCUAACUGGUCAUCUGGAAACAACUACUUCCACAUGACCAUUGGUAAUCUAGUCAGAGGGUCGAAAUUGUUGUGCGAAACAUUGUUGGGUUACAAAAUGGACGAUCUGUUAACGUCUUAUAUUUCCUUAAUGCUGACGAACAUGAACAAACAAAGAAGUAUGCGAAUCAAAUAGAAACUAAAUAAUUAUUUUUACAAUUUUUAUUAAAAUUUAUUUGGUCGAAUGUUAUUUAUUACAUAAUGUGUCAUUGGAAUUGCUUAUCUGAGUGUUUAACAAUUUUAAAAUAUCUAUGUAAAUCUCCAAUAUUUGAUUUUAAUGUUUAAAUAAAAAACAUCAAGGAUCUAAAUAGGCUAUAGGUAGUAUUGAUUAAAAGUAAUAGUUUUUGUUGCAUUAUAAAAUUAUUUUAUCUAUUUGUUUAAUUAUUUAUUUACUUUAUUUUAUUCUAUUUUUAGUCGGUUUCAAAAUUGGUAAUACUAUCUAAUGAUAAUUCCUUUUGCUCACGACUUAUUAUAAUGUGAAUGUCCGGUUAUUAGUUUAUUAUUUCCUGCUAUGUGUUGUAUUUAUAUUGCAUAAUUUUAGAUGUAAAUAAUUAUACAUCACAAGGUUAAAUUGUAAAUAGGAAAAGAUGAGACAAUAAAUUAUGUAC